AUGGCUGAUAAAGAAAUCAUGGACGACAGAACUGACGGGGUGAUUCUGGUCAUGGGAGUCACCGGCGCUGGGAAAAGCUAUUUCAUAAAUCAGCUCAAAAGCGAUUCUGCCGUGGAGGGACAUUCGAUGUAUUCAGAAACGCGGAAAUGUCAGGCUGUUCAGAUCUUCCUUGAUGAUGAGGAUAAUGAUGAGAAGCGCAGUAUAACCGUUGUUGAUACUCCCGGUUUCGAUGAUACUCUCCGCGGUGAGGCAGAGAUCGUGGCCGAGAUCACAGACUACCUCGCUGCUCAGCAUCUUAGUGGGCUGCCCCUUCGGGGGAUAUUAUAUCUACACAAGAUCACAGACAACAGAAUAACCGCAUCUUCACAGGAGCACCUCUUCCUCCUCAGAAAGAUUAUUGGAGACAGCGCCCUUACAAACGUUAUAUUGGUCACGACUAUGUGGAACAUUCUUCGCCUAGAGGAUCGCCAGCGCGCUCUACAGCGUGAACAAGAGCUUAUCGAUGGCUUUUGGAGCCCUAUGAUAGACAGGGGAUCCUACGUCGCACAGUUCAACGGCACACCGCAAUCAGCGUAUCCACUUAUCCACCAGCUUGCAGAUCGGCAGAGCGUAGUACUCGACAUCCAGAGAGAGAUCGUUGAUCAGGAUCGGUCGAUUUUGGAAACAGCCGCAGGUGCGAGCCUGGCCCAGAAGCUGAUGGAUGACCACGAGGAUUACCAGUUCAAGCUUUUCAACCUUCACGACCAAUUGGAUCUGAAACAGGGGCAGCUACCACUUGACAAACUGGAGAUAAGAAGGCUGAAAAAUGACAUCAAGGCGGUCGAGAAGCUGCUGGAGGCUAUAAAUAGUUCAGUGGAGCGCAUGGAAAUUCGACCUGGUUCGUCAAUGCGGCAGCGCCUAAAGCUGGCUAUGAAAGGAAACGGUACCACUGCCAUUGCAGCCCUGGGAAUGGUUUUGAACAUUGCAUUCUUUACAAUUCGGAUGACUCUGGGGGGGGGUUAG